UUGAACUGCCUUUCUUUCCCAUUGUGGCUGAAAUUGAAGGAUAUUUGGAUUCUGUCAUCAUUUUCGACGUGCCUCACGUGUAGACAAGGCAUUGUUGUACUUUGUCUACGUAUAAUUGUUUUAAUCUGCUGUCGUUUUAUAAAGCGUUUAGAGAACGAAAGCACAGAUAAACACAAGAUGGCAUCUACCAGUGGAGGAAAAGGUUACCAGGAUUCAGAUGUUGUAACUGAAGUGCCAGAAAUGCUUAAAAAACUUGUCAAAUUUGUAUCAAGAAAAUUUUAUGGGCCUGAAUUUGGUCUUAUUAUUGACAUGUUGGUGCGGAACCCUUGUAUGAAAGAAGAAGAUUUAGUUGAGCUAAUCAAGCUGGAUAGAAAACAGUUGAGAAUAUGUGCAAAUGCCAUGAAACAAGAUAAACUUUUAAAAGUGCGAGUACGAGUUGAAACUGACACUCAGGGUAGGACUACCCGACAUAACUACUUCUUCAUUGAUUAUAAGAUGUUGGUGAAUGUGUGUAAAUAUAAAUUGGAUCACAUACGACGGAGAUGUGAGACGGAGGAAAGGGAUGCAACAAGUCGAGCGUCAUUUCGUUGUACGGCUUGUGAGAAACCAUUCACAGAUCUGGAUGUGAAUCAGUUAUUCUGUCCAGUAUCACAAAUGUUCCUGUGUAGUUUCUGUAAGAUGGAGGUCAUAGAAGAAGCAAGCAGCUUACCAAUGGAAGAUACCAGGUCAUUACUGAGUAAAUUCAAUGCACAGAUCGAGCCUCUUUAUUUCCUGUUACGGAAUGUUGAGGAUAUAAGAUUAGCACCAAGCAUACUGGAGCCAGAGCCAAGCGAUGUGUCUUAUCUUACACGAAGGGCUCAUGGUUCCAAGUCUAGUAAAGAAAACAAAGAAUUGUGGAGUGGUGAAGCAUCAAAGGGGGUUAAGUUUGGUGCCAGUGAGGUACAGAUCAGUGUGAAUGCAGAGACAGAAUCAGUUGUGCCUCAGACACAGAAAGAACGACCAAUCUGGAUGACUGAGAGCACCAUCUCUGGGCCAGAACCAGAACCAAUCAAGUCUGCGGGAGCAUCUAGUAUGGAUAUAUCAGAAUCAGCGCCAGCCCCAAUAGAACACACAGACGAUGACAUCAUGCGCACAUUGCUUGCUCAUGAGAAGAAAAGUUCUAACGUUCCUAUACCCACUGCACCUGAUCUCCCUGCAGCAGCUGCUAGUGACAGAGAGAGUGACACCAGUGAAGAAGAGAUGGAUAUUCCAGGUCCCCCAGUACCCCCUGCCCAACCUGAAAAUGCAGCCAAUGCCUGGGCAGAUCCAAACAUAAAUGACAAUAGACAAAUAGCAAGUGAUGAUGAAGAUGAACAGGUGAUGGUGAAUGUUAAUGGUGUCAGGAUGCCAUUCCAUGAAGUCACUGAUGCUCAUAUAAAAACAAUGAAUCCAGAGGAAAAAGCGAUAUUUGUGAAAAUUGGACAGGAACUGUAUGACGAUAUGCAUGGAGUGCACCAUGCAGGGACAUCUUCAUAUAAACAAGGGUGAUGUAGUGACUUGUCCAGUUUGCCAGGUGCGACAAAUCUUGUACCAGAGUUUCUCUUGAAUAUGCCCAUUGGGUGUUUAUUUUGCACAGGGUGUUUGUUUGAAAUACCUAAAUGGGCCCAUUGGCCUUUAUUAAGAGGGCAAAAACAUUUUUCCAAGGUGGAUGGGCGUUUAUUAAGAAGUAGAAAUAGCUUUUCCAAGCCAGUGGGCAUUUAUUUCGAGGAAUAUUAUCGCUAGUAAAGUUGACACAUGGCCUUCAUACUCACAUAAUAGUAUCAUGAGCACAGGCAU